AUGGAUCCCCACGUCCCGGUCAAUCCCCAGGCCCUUGCGCAGGCCCCGCACAGCAACUGGGUGGUGCAAAAGUUCGGCGGCACCAGCGUGGGCAAGUUCGCUCUGAAUAUUAUUGAGCAGGUCGUUCAACCUAGUCUGGCCGAGCACCGGGUCGCUGUCGUGUGUUCAGCAAGAAGCAGUUCUACCAAAGCCGAGGGCACCACCAACCGAUUACUACGUGCCGCGCGGGACGCCGAAAAUUCGCAAUCACGGCAGUAUGAAUCUUUUGUCGAGGCCGUUCGCGCGGAGCAUGCUCAGGUCGCCCAAGAACAAUUAACGUCGGUGGAAUUGAGGGACCAGGUGGUGGCAGAUAUCAAUGGGGAAUGUGAACGGGUCCUGAAAGUCCUGGAGGCGGCUCAGACCCUGGGAGAGAUCAGCGCACGCUGCGUGGACAAAGUGAUCAGUACGGGCGAGAAACUCAGCUGCCGGCUCAUGGCAGCCUUCCUGCAGGAUCGGGGAGUUGAUUCGCAGUACGUGGAUCUGGCCGACGUGGUGGAUUUCUCAAUCGGAAGCCAGGGCUUGGACCAGGACUUCUACAACACCCUGGCGACGGUUAUCGGCAAGAAGAUUGAAGCGUGUGGGCACCGUGUACCGGUAGUGACUGGGUACUUUGGGACGAUCCCCGGCGGCCUGCUCGAUCAGAUCGGUCGUGGUUACACAGAUCUCUGCGCCGCCCUCGUCGCCGUCGGAACCCAUGCGAAAGAGCUGCAGGUCUGGAAAGAGGUGGACGGCAUCUUUACCGCAGACCCGCGCAAGGUGCCCACCGCCAGUCUGCUGUCGGCGAUUACGCCCGCCGAGGCCGCCGAAUUGACCUUUUAUGGAUCAGAAGUCAUCCACCCAUUCACCAUGGAGCAAGUCAUCCGUGCCAAGAUUCCCAUCCGCAUCAAGAAUGUUAUGAAUCCCAAGAACAAGGGUACCAUCAUCUUCCCCGACUCGACGGCCGAGCUCGAGAGGACCACCCCAGGUCAUGAUCCGCGCCUGUUCCGGACCCGGAGCCCCAGUUUCAUGCAGCGACCGAAACGGCCCACCGCGGUGACUAUCAAGCACAAGAUCCUGGUGAUCAACGUCCAUUCGAAUAAACGUUCUUUAUCGCACGGAUUCUUUGCGGGGAUCUUCUCCGUGCUAGACAAGUGGCGCUUGUCGAUCGACCUGAUUUCGACCAGUGAGGUCCACGUGUCAAUGGCACUUCACUCCGAAAUGCCUCUCUUGAAUGGCAACGGCCGGGAUGAGUACCAGGUCAUUGACGAUGAUCUGAAGGGCGCUCUCAGCGACCUGGCUCGGUACGGGACGGUGGAUAUCAUCCCGGAGAUGGCCAUUCUCAGUUUGGUGGGGAAGCAGAUGAAGAAUAUGAUCGGGGUCGCGGGCCGCAUGUUCACCACUCUGGGCGAGAACAAUGUGAACAUUGAGAUGAUCUCGCAAGGUGCGAGUGAAAUCAACAUCUCCUGCGUCAUCGAAGAGCGAGAUGCUGACCGCGCGCUCAACAUCAUCCACACGAGUAUGUUCACUUUCCUGGAUUAG